GACAAAGAGGAGCAUUGCAAUGACGCAAUCCGUCAAACCAUACUGCACUCAAGAACGCGUCGAAAAUUCUACGGCAGAACCUCUUUAGAAUGUUCUACACAUACGUACGAUUGAACGUACGGACGUUGCCAUGUUUUAAUGUAUACGAUACGUACGUACGUAUGGCCCCCCUUCGUAACGUUUGUUGCGUCAAAAGGAAAAUGGCGUUUAGUUCGUGUCGUCUGCUCAUUUUGACAGUUUACGAUACGUUACGCGUUACCUCGAUAAUUUUCGUUUAAAAAAAAAAUUUCCUUCCAUCGAUUAUUCCUCAUUCAUAGUUUUACUUUAUAAUAUUAAUAUUAUAUUUUAUUUGUAUAAAGAAUUCGUAAUAUCUUUUAUUUAUCGUUAUAAUAAGAUAAUAAAAUACGGUAUAUACAUUUUUUGUGUUCAGCAGUAGUAAUAUUAGUAGUAGUAGUAGUAGUAGUAGUAGAGUACUGUCGUCUGCUAAUCUGACAAGAGCGCAGAAUCGGUAAUCAGUCGAGUGACAAAUGAUAUGGCGUACGGGUGUGGAUAUCGAAUCGUCAUGGGGGUUGAUUUAUUUGUGAAACAUUAAUGAAAAUGAACAUUAGUAGACUUAUUUCCGAAUAACAUGAACGGAAGGUUUUACCUUGUGAUAUAUUCCCGAUGAUGGAGGCAGAGGUUAGAGUCUGAUGACGUCCUUCAAGUAUUUUCUACUAUAGGUUGCAAAUUGUUAUGAAUAUCAUAUGCAACACGAAUGACGUGUGAUCUAUUGCCAAUGUGCAAGCGAUAGUCAACGUGUGAAUUUCGUAAUAAUAUAUAAGGGAACUAUAUACUUAGUUCUAUUGAGUCAAUGUUUCAUUCAAAUUGUCAUGUUAUGCAAGUAUAGAUGCAAUUUAUUAUACAAGUAAAUAUCAAAGUCCAUAAGAAUGGUUCCUUAAUAGUUACAUUAUAACAUUAUAAUAUAGACUGUUUUAAAAUAUUCUAUCAAAGAGAAUUGGAAUAACCUAUGAAUGUUUAAGACCUAAUGGUUAAUAUAAUCUCUAGUCAGAAAACAGUCUAAGAUAAAAAGCUGUAUAUUGAUGUUGAAAAUGUGAUCAAUCUUUGGCAUAAUUGGUUUGGUACCAGUUCAAUCUAUGAUACAAUAGUGUUUCUUGUAAGUAGACAAAUUAUGAAUAUAUGAUCGUAUUCGGUUUGUCUAUGAGAUAUAUUACAUACAUGUGUAUAUAUAUAUAUAUAUAUCUGCAUAUGUGUGAUUGAUACAAUAAAAUUGAGUAUCUUUGGAAUACUUGAAUAAAGGAAGGAGUAUAAUAAAGACAUAAAUAUAGCCAAAAGAACUGAAUUUACAAAUAUAUAAAUUCCAAAUGACUUUAUAAAUAUCUAGGCUGUUUUUAGAAACUACCUUGCAGUACAUGGUACAUAAUUUUACAUUGGAAACAAUUGUAUAUAUGAUGUUUCUAUUGAAAUAUAACAAUACCAUUAUUAUAUUAAUGAUGGAUUAAUAAUUUAUUAAUCACUGCAUUAGCUAAUAAUAUUAUGGAGCAGUGUAGAGGAAACGAUACCUCUAGCAUAUCGAAUGCGACAAAGGCAGAUAUAUCACCAAAAUCAAAACAAAAGAAAAAAUCUCUAUGUCAGAUGCUUAUGAAUAAAAAGACCAGGGUUGGAUGUUUGGAAACAUCUUAUAAAGACGGAGAUUCGAAUAAGAAUUCUAAAGCUGAUAAUUCACAGCACGAAUCUCAUACCAGCACAAAAUUAUCUUUAUGUUGUGCAAUGACUGAACGCAGUAGAACACCUCCUCAAAGUUUAACCGCUAGUAGAUUGUCUCCGACAACUUUAAGCAGGACAUCUGUAAAAUCAGAAGUAGCUUCUGUUAAUGGUAAAUGUCAAACAGAUGCAUUAGUUGAAAAACAAGAAGUUUAUAUGACAUAUGUUGAUCAAGAAGCUCAUGAGAGUAAUAUAAAUAAAAAAGUUAUAAUGCGAGAAAAGGAGCAACGCAAGAGUACUUACACAGAAGAGUCUACAGAAGAUGAAAUCGAGGAAUCUUCAGAAGAUGAAAAUAUACAAAUGAUCAAUGCUGAAAGGGAUCAAAAAUAUAUAAAGGAUGACUAUUUUACAAAGGGGAAGUAUAUUACUUAUUUCUUCCUGGAAAUGGAAAGGCAAUCCUACAAUCCUUCAGAAGUUUACAGUAUGGUUACAUACCAUGAUACUAACACUUGUGAAAAACCAGAACACAAAGAUGAAAAUUCUUCUUCUGGAUCAAUGUCUCCAAUCUCUAUGCAGUUAAGACAAAGAUUACUUCACAGAAGAUCUGCUGAUAAUCUAGUAAUAAAUUCUCCAACAAAUUCUAUGCGACAUUCUAGUCCAGAAUCUGUGAAAAGUGUACCUAUUCAACUUAAACCUCGCUCUACAUCACAUGAUGCCUUGUCAAAGAAAAAAGAUCGUAAGCUGCCUACAACAACUGGAGAAUCUACAGAUAGUUUGGCAAAACAGGCAUUACUUGCUGCACAAGUAUUAAAUUUAAUUCCUGCACAAAAAGCUAGAGAAAGAAAUUUUCUUCAUGGAAGAAUUGCAGCUAAUUCACUGCUUGGCCCAGUGGAACUUGAAAAAGUAUUACCAAAUCGUGAAUUAAAAAUUUUUGUUGGAACAUGGAAUAUGAAUGGACAAUCUCCGCCAAAAGAACUAAAUGAUUUUAUGUUACCUUCAGAAAUAGAAACAAUUCCUGAUAUGUUAGCUAUAGGAACUCAAGAAUCAUGCUCUGAAAGAAACGAAUGGGAAGCUGCUUUGCAGGAAACAUUAGGGCCUUCCCACGUUCUAUUAACUAGUACAGGUCUUGGAACACUACAUUUGGCCCUUUUUUUGAGGAGAGAUCUUAUUUGGUUUUGUUCUGUACCUGAAGAUGAUAGUUUUUCUACUAGAACCGGAACAGCAUUUCGAACUAAAGGGGCUGUUGCUUUGGCUCUAAUGUUGUUUGGUACAAGUUUCCUUUUUGUCACGGCGCAUUUAACAGCUCAUCAGGAUAAAGUCAAAGAACGAGUGAAUGAUAUCAAAAGAAUUGUUAGAAAUUUGGAUCUUCCUAAAGACUUACCUACAAAACAUAAAAGCAAAGAUGUUACUCAAAAUUUUGAUUGCGUUUUUUGGUGCGGAGAUUUAAAUUUUCGUUUGGCUCAACCGAGAGAGGAAGUAAUUCAAUGGAUUACAGACACAUCUUUCCCGCAACAAGUUCCAGUAAAUUUACAAAAGGAUCAAUUAAAAACAAUACUUAACGAAGGUGCAGUACUACGUGGUUUUGAGGAAGCAGCAAUUAUGUUUCCUCCAACUUACAAAUAUGAUCCAGGCACACAAAACUUUGAUUCAAGUAGUAAGCAACGUACUCCCGCAUAUACGGAUAGAAUUCUUUUUAAGGGGAAGGGUCAUACAAGGGGAUAUAUUAGACGAGUUAGUCAUGAAAGUGCUAGUUCGCAUAAAGACGGUGCUAUAGAAUGCUUAAUAUAUGAUUCUGUUCCAAGUAUUUGCACUUCAGAUCACAAGCCUGUAUGGGGUGUAUUUAAAACAACUAUAAGACCUGGAAUUGAUACGAUACCUCUUGCAGCUGGUUUAUUUAAUCGUGAUAUAUACAUAGAAGGAAUUAAAAGACGUGCAGCAGCAAUGGAUGAGUCUCAAGGAACUUCAAAAGUUUGCUCAAUUCAAUAAUUAUGGUACUAUUUAUAAAAUUGCCUAGUAAUUUAAUAUUACUAAAAAUGUUCGACUCAUGAGUCAUGGAUAAAAGAAAAAUUUAUAUAAAAAUUACCAUGUCACACACAGGUGGAAAUACAAAAUUUCUUAUACAUUCUUCAGUUUUAUAUACAAAAAUGUUUUGUAUCUAUAUCGAUCACUUUUUUAAAAAUAUAACCAAGAAUUGUUUAUAUAGACAAUUAUAUAUAAAUUGCUGUCUGGUAAACGGCGCAAAUGAAUAUUCUAGUCACAAAAAAUAUUAUAUAUAGUAUGUUUUUUUAUUAAAAUAACAAUGUCACAUCUAAAUGAUUGACAUAUUUGGUGCUAAUAAUAUGAACAUUACAAAAUUAGAAGAGAUGGCAUUUUUUGUCAUUCCUUGCCUAAUUUAUGUUACUGCAAGAAAAAAAGGAAAAACUAUUUUUAAAUAAUCAGUAUAUGAUUAUGAGCAGUGUUCAAACGUGAUCUUUGGAUUAAUGAAAUUUAUAAAGCUUCCUCUUAUUAUUUCAACAUGUGCAUGAGUAAUUAAUUAAUUCUUGAGAUUAUGCAUUGCACGGUAUGAUUAGAUUAUUUGUAAUAAUAUAUGUUAAAGAAUGGAUUUACAAAUGACAUGGUAUACACAUUUGAAUAAUUAAUAUUAAUGUUUUAUUUAACUAUUGUUUUUUCUCUUUUUUCUUUUUUUUUUUUCUUGGCUUCUUUGUUUUUAGCUUUGUUACCAUCUAAAAGCAUUUUUUAUUAUGCCGUUAUUUCUACUGUAUGAAAGAAAAAAGCAAAAAAAAAAAAAAGAUACUGUAGUACUCAAUAUAGACUAAUAUACAGGGUUUAUAAUAUACUUCAGUGCAUAGAAUUAAUUGAUAAGUUACAAAAUAUCAAAGCGGUAUAUAAAGGCAUAUUUCAAACAAAUUUGAAAUUUACAUUUAAAAAAAAUUGUAUUUAUUCGUAAUAUGUUAUAUCACUGUGUUUGAUUAAGUAUUUGCAUAAGUAUAUAGCACAAAAUUUCUAAUAAGGAUAUAAUACAAAUCAUGUUAAUCAAGUUCUUUUAUUAUUUCCUAGAAGUAAUGAACAGUAAAAAUUAUAACAUAAAAUACUGAGAUAAGGUGAUAGUUAACGCUUCCAUGAUGUUUUAUAAUUUUUCUGCAUAGCUGUUCUUACUUCUAGGUACAGUUCUUAAUUAUUAUCUCACCGCAUAAUUCUUAUUUAAUAUAAUUUUGAUCCAUUAUUAUAAAAGACAGACGUUGAGUUAUAAGUUAUACGAAGUAAUAUCCACACUCUAUUAACAAUAUUUUACAGUAUUUAGUAGAAAGACUGUGUUUUACAAACAAAAUAUAUUAAGACAAAAUUAGUCUUAUAUUAAUUUAAUACGCGUUAAUAACUUUACGAUUAUUCCAAAGAUAUUUCAAAAGAGAUGCCUUCAUAGUAAUUUCAAUUUACAAAAUAAUAAUGGGGAUGUAAUAUGUUUCAAUUUAUUAUUUAUUUUAUCUAAUAUACAUAUAGAUAUAUUUAUUAACUUAGACGUGGUAAUUAGUAUUGUUUAUAAUUAUGAACGCUCGCAUAUAGAUCUUUGCUCUAUUCACUUUGCUGUUAUAAACAUUAUUUACUCGAUUGCAUCUUAAACUUAGAUCAAUGUAGAAAAUUGUCCCUUUUAUGUUAUCAAUAAUUAAUAAUAAUAUUGAUGGAAAAUAUGGACCAUAGUUAAAAGUCUCAGGGCUUGUAACCGUACCAAAAUUUAAUAAAGGUUAAUUAUUAUUCCAGA